AUUUUCAAAGUGUAAACAAUUGAAUUGAUUAUUUAAGAAUGGAAUCUAAUCGAAAUGGUAUCACAAAACCGUCAAAAGUUGCAAUUGUUGGGGGUGGAUUGGUUGGAUCACUUUGUGCAUGUUUUCUGGCCAAACGUGGUUUAAAUGUAGAAUUAUAUGAAUAUAGAAAUGAUAUUCGUAAAACAGAAUUAGUUAAAGGAAGAUCCAUCAAUUUGGCAUUAUCCAAUCGUGGGCGUGCUGCAUUACGUGCAGUGGGUCUAGAAAGUCAUAUGGUACGAGAAUAUGGGAUCCCGAUGGCAGGCCGUAUGAUUCAUAAAUUAAAUGGUAAUCUACAAGAACUUCUUUAUGAUCCACGUACAAAUAAGAAUUUAUAUUCUGUUGGGCGCAAAUACUUGAAUGAGGUGUUAUUAACAGCUGCCGAAAAAUACGACAAUGUAAAAUUAUUCUUCAAUCAUAAAUUAAUAAAUGCAAAUUUACAAGAUGGGAAACUGGUAUUUCGACAAAUGGAAACGGAUCAAACAAUUGAAUUAAAUUUUGAUUUAAUCAUUGGUGCAGAUGGUGCAUUUUCUGCAAUACGUAAACAUAUGAUGAAAAUGCCAUUAUUUGAUUUUAGUCAAACGUAUAUUGAACAUGGAUAUAUGGAAUUAUGUAUUCCACCCGAUUCCGAAGGCAAAUUUCAAAUGGAAUCAAAUUAUUUGCAUAUUUGGCCUCGAGGUGAAUUCAUGAUGAUUGCAUUACCAAAUCAAGAUCAUUCAUGGACUGUUACAAUGUUUAUGCCAUUUGCAAAAUUUGCAAUGCUAGACACAACAGAAAAACUAAUGGAUUUUUUUCAAAAAAAUUUCCCUGAUGCGAUACCACUCAUUGGCGAAGAUCGAAUAAUCAAAGACUUUUUUAAUGCAACUGCGUUACCAUUAGUCUCUAUUAAAUGUAAACCGUAUCAUGUUGGAAAUCGUGCAAUCAUCAUUGGAGAUGCUGCCCAUGCUAUGGUCCCGUUUUAUGGGCAAGGUAUGAAUGCUGGAAUGGAAGAUUGCUUAUUAUUGGAUCAGUUGUUAGAAGAAUAUAAUAUGAAUAUUAGUAAAGUAUUGCCAGAGUUCACAAGACGGAGGCAUGAAGAUGCACAUGCUAUUUGUGAUUUAGCAAUGUACAAUUAUAUUGAGAUGAGGGACUUGGUGAAUCGAUUUACAUAUAUUAUACGAAAAAAAUUUGAUGAUUUCUUAUUUUGGGCAUUUCCUAUGUAUUGGGUACCGUUAUACAAUUCAGUGUCGUUUUCAACAAUGCGGUAUAGCCUGUGUAUUAAAAAUCGUCAAUGGCAAGAUAAAGUCUUAAAACAAACCUCCAUUAUAGUUGUUUUAUUUGCUCUAUUUUUUGGAUUUCUUUACUCAAUUUUAUUUUAA